GCUGAACGUCGGCUUCAUUCGACGUGCGACGCUUUCUCGUGUCGCACGUCGCGAGGCCUAGUUUUGCGUGUGCGUGCGUGCAUGUGUGUGUGAGCGUGCCGUAUACAUAGUUCGACACAGUCGGUACUUGCAGAUAUUAUUCGAAUCGCAGGGACUAAUUCGUCAAUCCAAAAUGACGAUCGUAGAGCCGAGCAGAGGCUCAAAUGAAUUCUUCGGCCAUAAAAACUUGGUUGCAACGUGGCGAACUUGAGAAACUGGAAAAUGUUGUGUUAGAGGGUCGAGGCGCGCGUUUAUUAGGCGAAAAUUCACCGGAUCUUAGAACUCGUGUCUUCCUGAAGGGACUCCCGAAUUAUUUGACGAAAGUCUCUCAAGUGCACGAUACCGUUGCGCGCGGCUCCUUAGCUGAAACCCAGAAAGUCAUAGCCGAAGAGUCGAAGAAGAAGCUGGCGAUCGCUAAAGAUCCUUGCGGCACGCCCUUAAUACACAAAGCUGUCUAUCACGAUCAACCCGACAUUGUCGCCUGGCUCAUAGAAAAUUAUCCUAUCACGCCGCAGCAGAGAGAUAAAGAGGGAAAAACAGCUUUACACUAUUGCUGCGCAUGUAAAGAUCCCGAUUCAAUCUGGGAUCUUCUUAUAGAAAGUGGAUGUGACGCUAGCAUUUGCGACAAGAAAGGAAACCCGGCCGCAUAUUACUUGGAACAUCCCACAGAAAUUGCAUUGCCCGAAGCGGAAGUGAUGUCACGACGAAGAAAAAGCACAGGGAGGGAUUAUUUGGAUUUCAAGCCUUCCAAUAUCAGGAUAUGGAUACACAACAGAGACAUCGGAAAGUUGCAGCAUGUACUGUGGGAGGGACAUGGGUCCAAACUUCGAUGCGAAACCAGCAACAAUCCUCGGAUAAGAAAAUUUCUAGAGGCCAUACCUUUUAUCAUGGGCACAGUAAAAGACGUCCAUACAACAGUCAUUAACAAUGAUGUGGAAGGUUUCAAGGAAAAAUUUGAAGGACCUAUUUCGCCCAUUGUUUUGUGCGGCAAAGACAGCAACGGUUUAAACGUCUUACAUAAGGCCGCUGGUUUGGGAUAUGCGGAUAUGGCGCGUGAAAUUCUCGAAAGGCGUCCCGAAACGGUAGCCGCCCAGGAUAACGAGGGAAAGACACCGUUGCAUUAUUCAGCUGCACUUAAAGAUGACGGCGCCAUGUACGAUCUUCUGGUAGAACACGGUGCUGACGAGAGUAAAUUGGAUAACAGGCAAAAGGCGGCUGCAUUCUAUAAGAAUCGCCCUUCCGACGUGGACUUGUCAAAUUUGUCGGUGAUACCGGAUGCGCCUCGAGCCUCCACUACUUCUCCCAAGAAUUGGGACUGGAAGAUCCUAGAGUUGGGACAAGCCGCUUUGCGAGGAAUGAAAAAGAUAAUUAGCAGCGAUGACAGUGCUUUUGGUAGCGCCGAGUCUACAACUAAGGACGGCUCGAAUGAGGAGAUUAAGAAAGCUGAUGACGAGCAACAAGAGGAGGAGAAGGAGGAGCCCGAGACCCCGAAUGGAGAUGAAAAAGAAGAAGAGAACGAAAAUGAAGAUGAGGCAAAUAAUGAGGAGGAAAAUCCGGAGGAAAUGAACGAGGAGGAACAACAAACGGCAGAGGAGGAAACGAAAGAGGACGAGGAAAAGGCAUCCUCGGACGAUGAUGUGGUAAUCGGGCCUGUCGCGGAACCGACGAAAGACGAGGAGGACGGACCUGAAGCCGCCGAUAUUGAGAUCGGAAUCGACGAGGAAUCCCCGAAGAUCGAGGAAAUCGCUGUUGAGCACGAGGAUAGAAACGAACCCAGCACUGGCGAUUCCGGUGUCGACGAGGAGCAGCAGGUCAUCGUUGGUGAACACGAAGAACCUGCCGAAGUGGAAUUGGACGAGGGUAGCAUGGGUCGUGAUUUGGAAGUGGAGAAUCUGUUGGAGAACGGAAAUAUGGAACAAUUGGCAGCUCUGGUUCUCAAUGGCGAAGGUAGACGAUUGGUUGGAAGACAAUCCGGAAAUCCGGAACUCCAGGCAUUCAUCGAUAACGUUCCAACUUACAUGGGAAAAAUUCAUGCCGUACACAUGGCAGCACGAGAAGGAAAUCUUCGCGAUCUGCAAAGCGCACUAGAUAGGCGCAAAUUUGCAGUGGCACGAGACGAAUCGUCACCCCACGGUGCAACGCCAUUGCAUGUUGCAGUUGUAUUUGGCAAUACUGCUGUCAUCAGGUACCUAGCGGGAAGGUUUCCAGAAACCGCCAAUGCAAUCGAUCUCGACGGACGUACUCCGUUGCAUUACGCUGCGACACUUGCGGAUAACGGUCAUUACUAUAACCUCUUGCUACAUCUAGGCGCCAAUCCUUUAAUACAAGACAACUUCGAACAAAAGGCGGAUUAUUACAAACAAAAUCAAAACGACCUAUCGCACAAACGACUUCUUCGCGAUUUCGGAGCUAGCGAGAGGCUUGCCGACGAAAUGUUGACAGAUAAAGUUCCCGGAGGUGAUAUCUACUCAGCCCGACGUGACGUCAGCGAACCCGAGGUCCUGACCACGCUGGAGCGAUGUUUCCGAUUGCUGGCGGGCAACCGGCGAUCGUCGAUACCGAAGACGCCGUCGAACGCCGGUACACUAAUCGCUCGUAGCUUGACACGGCCCGUAUUCGAUUUGAUCAAGCACCGUGUGACUCGCAUGGACCACAAUCUCUUUGACGUGAUCUGGCCCGCUUUGAAAAGGUACGGUACCGUCACGGGCAACGGUAGCAAGAUCAGCAGUGCCCGCUCGAACCUCAGUUCGAACACCGCGGACGAGGAUCACGGAAAUUACGGGGCGGUGGCGCCCGACUUCGAAAGCUACGUCGUCUUCACGGAGUUCUUCGAUCCUUUCAUCCGGGAGCUGCACUGCGUCAGCGCGAGCGGUGAUUUGUCCGAUCACACGUUACCGCAUUUCUUCAGUGUCGAGAACGAGGAGAGCGAGGAGGCUCCGCCGGAAGAAGCGAUUGUCACCGCGAUCGCGCAGUACGAUCUCGAUCCGACCGGUAAAUUCGUCCAAGCCGGCAUUUUAGAGUGCACCCGUAAUCUGGCCAAUUAUAGUCUGCCGUUGACGUUAACCGUGAAUCAAUUGGAGGAGGUCGAGAGGGAAAUCACCAAUCAGCUGAUGAGCUCGGAGAUCGUCGAUUUGAUGGCAGAGGGCAGCAGCGAGGACGAAGCCGGGACGUACUUCACUCUCAACGAGAUUCUCGAGCAGCCUAGCCGAAUACGAGCACAAUUGGCCGCGGCCGGUUUACUCUUGCCGAUCACAGAGUUCGACCUGAACGACGAUCGGCGUCUCCAUGGCAAGCAUUGGCCUUACGGACGCGGCGUGUACGUCACCACGGCCGGCGAUCUCGCCGCUUGGGUGAAUGUUCAGGAUCAUCUGAGGAUCGUCUGUCGCACUAGCGAGAACCGGCCGGGUCUGAUAGGUCGCGCCUACGUUAGGGUUGCUAGAUUAAUGAUGAUAUUUGACAAGAAACUGAAAUUCAAGCGGGAUCAAAAGCUCGGAUUCCUGACCGCGCGUCCUCACGCUCUCGGCAACACUUUGAGAUUCUGCCUGAUCGUCCGGUUCCCGGAACUCUCGAAGACACCCGAGAAUCUGCGACACUUGUGCGUGGUACGCGGCCUUAUUGCACGCGACACCGUAAAAAAGGACAUGGUGAGGGUCAGUAAUCAGCAAUCGCUAGGGAUUACCGAAUUGCAGACUCUCCAGGAUUUUUGCAGAGCGGUGCACAAUAUCAUCACGCUGGAGAAGGAACUGUCAAUGAACAACUCGAUGAAGAUCGCCAAUCUCAUUACCGAUGAUAAUGAAGUCGAAAUACCGAUAUUUCGGACAGAAGAAGGUCGUUAUUUAGCAUCGUCGUUAGGCGAUCCCUUAAUUAAAGGAUUAACGGAAGUUGCUAACGCGCGUCCAACGGAUCCGGUCACAUAUCUCGCAACAUACUUGUACAACUUUGCCAGCAAGAAUAAAGCCAAUGAACAGGAACAAGAAUCUGAUGUUCUCAUUAUACCUGAUCGUGAAGAAGAAAAUUUGGAAAAUAUCGAGAAUGAAAAUUUCGACGAAGACGCUGGUUAUCCCCGGAGUCCAGCUUCAGAUAUACCCGAAUCUACGUUCAGCAAUCCUAAUAGAGAUGAACAUGGACAAAGCAUGAUUCACUUCGCGGCAGUUCGUUCCUAUUCAAAGGACGGCCUGUAUCACCUGCUACUGGAGACGCAGGUUAACGUUGGUUUUAGAGACGAACUGUAUCGAACAGCUAGAGAUGUUGCCGAACAGGCAAAUAUUCGGGAGAACGUUGAAGAGAUCGAUCGCUUCAUUGUUUAUCUAGCAGCAAGAGGAGAAACUGAAAAGUUAGUUGAACUUCUGCUAGAGGGUUAUGAUCAUAUCUUGGACACCGAGGAUGAAGACGUGAACAUCAUCGAUGUUGCUGCUCAAAGAGAACACGAACCUACCGUCCAGUUUCUACAAUCAAUUCCUAAUUAUGUAAACCAACGUGAGGAAGUGCAUGCUGCAAUUCGGGCCAACGAUGUGGAUCGUGUGAAGGAGCUUUUGAGUAAAAAUAACGGAGGUGGAAAAUUGUUGGCUGUUGGGAAGAACUCGUUUGGCCGAUGUGCAUUGCACAUCGCUGUGCUUUGGGAGAAUGAGGAGCUCGUUAAAUUUAUCGCGAGAACGUAUCCGGAGACUUUACGCAUCGGUGAUAAUUUGGAGAAAACAGCUCUUCAUUACGCAAUGGGAGUGCCAUCCGUGGAAGUCUUAAGUAAUAUAUUGAUCACGGCAGGCGCAAAACGUAUUGUUAAAGAUUUGAAAUCUCGACAGCCCUCGUAUUACUUCAUGAACAAAUCUGAUAUUGAACGGCUUCAAGAAGAAGAAAAGUCCAUGAUCAUGUAAAUGGUACGAUGCUGAACACUUGCACCGAUUUCGCAAUUAUAUGCGCGCGAUUCACACACUUUAAUAUAUUCAUGCAUCGAAAAUAUUUAUGUUGAGAAAGGGCCGAUGAAAAGCAGGAUAAAUAUAGACUGCAAUUCGCAAAGAGACCCGAGAUUCUCUACGCUGCAUAUAUUAUAUUUUUAUUUAUCUCAACAAUAACAUAAUGUAUCGAUUUUUUACAUCCAUUAUUAAGGAUGUAUUGGAUAGAUAUAUAAAUCAAUGAUAUUGUCGUGAAUUUUUAACUGGACAUUCUUAGUUCUAAAUCGUGAUGAAUUACUUAAAAUUAUUUUAAUUGCUCGUUAAAAAGUCAUUAUUGAAUUUUGCAAUUUUAACAUAGGAUUUUAUGCGAAUGUUCGAGGAAAAGAUAAUAAAUUAUUCACAAAGUAUGAAAAACCAAAAAUUAAAAAUUUGAGUUUGUUAUAAGUUUUUUAAACAUGUAAAAAUGUUUCUGUAAAGUUUCAAAAUGAUUUACUUGCAAUUAUUAUUAAAAAAAACUAUUGUGAUUAUUAGUUUAAUCGAGCAUUCAAUUUGUGUCAACGCUAGAAACAACUGAAAGUUAGAAACAUAAUCUUUAGCGAUUUUCUAUAAAAUGUAUAGCGUGAAUAACGUUUUUAAUACUUUUGUCUCCGAUUGCAUUUCCUAUACAUCCUUAAAACAAGUGUACUGCAAAGAAUCUUAAAGUUUUUUAUAUGUUCUUUUAGAAUAAAUAUUUAACAUUCUACGUUUUAUUUUUGUAUAUACUAGAAAAGAAUAUUUUAUAAAAAAAUUUUGUCAUUAUAGAGGACCCAUAUUAAUUCUCGUCGGCUAUGUUAACAAAAUCUCUCUUUUUGGUAUUUUCGCAUAUCAUUGAAAGUAUAUGGAUUCAUGAAUUGUAUGACCUAUGUCAAAUGUCGAGACAGUUUAGUGCCUUAUAAAUAAAUGUAACAAGACUGCAAUGUACGUAAGAA